AUCGAAGUCAUUACGAGGAAUGGAUCUAUCGCAGUAUCGUAAAAUCAUAAUUUACGUGUUAACAUUUUUGGCAUACGCUUGGUCUGGCUACGGCGCCGGAUUGUUGUCGAAUUUACGGGACGCCGUAUUGGCGGCAGAGUCAGUCUUUCAAGAUCUCUUCACCAACGCCAUAACCGUUGCGAGGAAGAUCAAGGACAUACACGAGGUGUUCGAUGCCGCCGUGGAGGAGAACUGCGUCUUCCAAUGUCCCGAUGGCUCCGCGCCAAAACCAGACUGGAAUCAUAAACCGCGAAGCAACGGAUGCGGUUCUCUCGGAAUCGAGGUAAAUCAAGAAUAUCUCCCGCUCGCUGAAAUGACAAAAUGUUGUGACUUCCAUGACAUUUGCUAUGACACUUGUAAUAUGGACAAGGAGAAGUGCGAUUUGGAAUUCAAGAGAUGCUUGUACAGAUAUUGCGAUACGUACCAGACUACCGGCGUUACUAUCGUCAACACAUGUAAAGCUGCAGCAAAAGUCCUUUUCACAGGGACAACCGCAUUGGGUUGCAAGAGCUUUCUCGAUGCCCAGAAAGAGGCUUGCUACUGUCCUGAUAAAUGGAGCAAAAAUAAGAAACCAAAGAAAGCAGCUCAAGCAGGCGGAGAAUUAUAACGUUGCACAUAAAAAAAGUAUACAUAUAACACAAGUAUAAUUAAUAAAAUAAAUUUUUAUCAAUUCUUUGGCUGUAUAAAAUAGGAUUUUUAUAAUAUUAUUAUUUAUAUGUUCAUAGUUUAUAAGAUUCAAUAGACAAAGAUUAUUUAAAAGCUAAAAUAGGAACAUCUUUUUAUUUUAUAUUAUGUUGUUAAUAGAAUGUUGUAUAGAAUGAGCUAUAUAUGUUAUAUAAGACCAUUUCAGGCAAUCUAUUCGCGCGGGACAGAUUUCAAUUAAUAAUUUUACUAAUAAUAUUGAUUUUUGUCUACAUAUCAUAUAUAAUACAGAAACAUUCAAAAAAGUUAUAUAAGAAUGUAAAUGUUAUAUGUUAGAAUGCACAUAUUCAUAUAUUAGGAUAUGUAACAUAUGUAAUUAUAAAAUGAUUUCUAUUCUGAAGCUUGUAACCUGUCUGAAAUGAUCUUUAAAGGCGAUAGGAAAUAAGAUAAAGGCACGCACGAUAUUGAAUUAAUUAUGUUACAAAGAUCUAGAAUUGUUCCAUUCUAUACAUACAUCACUUUGUAAUCGAAAUUGUGCUUGUCCUUUGAAAAAACAAGGGACAAUCUUUCGCGAUAUAAAUGUCAACGAGACAACUGUCUUGAAUAAAAUUACCGGUCAUGAUCAACGAAAAUAAUUAAUAAUAAAUUGUCAAGUAAUGUUAAUUUUUAGAAAAAUUAUUAAUAUCGUAAAAUAAAACUGAAAUGGGAAAUACCAGCUCUACGCAACCUUCUAAAAC